GUGGCGCUUGACGUUUUUCCGACUCCGUCAGGUCGCGCUGCGUUUAAGGCGUGGCAUCAGCUUGGGGCGCCUGAAGGAGACUCCGGGUCGGUCAAGCUGUUCUUGAGUCCUUUGGUGUCAACGCCCCAGCCACUACCUGCGCUCCAUGAGGAAGAUGCUUGCCGCCGUCUCCCGCGUGUUGUCCCGCGCUGCCCAGAAGCCGUCAAGCAGAGUACUAGUGGCAUCCCGUAAUUUUGCAAAUGAUGCUACGUUUGAAAUUAAGAAAUGUGAUCUUCACCGGCUGGAAGAGGGCCCACCUGUCACCACCGUGCUCACCAGGGAGGAUGGACUCAAGUACUACAGGAUGAUGCAGACUGUGCGCCGAAUGGAGUUAAAGGCAGACCAACUGUAUAAGCAGAAAAUUAUUCGUGGUUUCUGUCACUUGUGUGAUGGUCAGGAAGCCUGCUGCGUGGGACUUGAGGCCGGCAUAAACCCUACAGACCAUCUGAUCACAGCCUACCGGGCUCAUGGCUUUACCUUCACUCGGGGCCUUUCUGUCCGGGAGAUUCUAGCAGAGCUAACAGGACGAAGAGGAGGUUGUGCUAAAGGGAAAGGAGGAUCUAUGCACAUGUAUGCCAAGAACUUCUACGGUGGCAAUGGCAUUGUUGGAGCUCAGGUGCCCCUGGGAGCUGGAAUUGCUCUGGCCUGCAAGUACAAUGGAAAAGAUGAAGUCUGUUUGACAUUAUAUGGUGAUGGUGCUGCCAAUCAGGGUCAGAUAUUUGAAGCUUACAAUAUGGCAGCAUUGUGGAAAUUACCCUGUAUUUUCAUCUGUGAGAAUAACCGCUAUGGAAUGGGAACGUCUGUUGAGCGAGCCGCAGCCAGCACUGAUUACUAUAAGAGAGGCGAUUUUAUUCCAGGGCUGAGGGUAGAUGGAAUGGAUAUCCUGUGUGUGCGAGAAGCAACAAGGUUUGCAGCUGCCUAUUGUAGAUCUGGGAAGGGACCUAUCCUGAUGGAGCUGCAAACUUACCGUUACCAUGGACAUAGUAUGAGUGAUCCUGGAGUCAGUUACCGUACACGAGAAGAAAUUCAGGAAGUAAGAAGUAAGAGUGACCCGAUUAUGCUUCUCAAGGAUAGGAUGGUGAACAGCAAUCUUGCCAGUGUUGAAGAAUUAAAGGAAAUUGAUGUUGAAGUGAGGAAAGAAAUUGAGGAUGCUGCCCAGUUUGCCACAGCUGAUCCCGAGCCACCUCUGGAAGAACUAGGCCAUCACAUCUACAGUAGUGACCCACCCUUUGAAGUGCGUGGUGCUAACCAGUGGAUCAAAUUCAAGUCAGUCAGUUAACAAGAGACCACAUGUAAUGGAAUGGGCUAUUCAUCAGCAACUGUAAGGAACUCUGUUUUUAACCUUGAGAAAUAUACUAAAAAUAUGGUGUAAGUCUUAGAAACUUCAGCAUGUAAAUUAUAUUGAGAGAGUAAUCGCAUGCAGGUUGUACAUUAGUGCUUAAGUGCUUUGUGUGAAUAUAUAAAACAGGUGGUAAAAGAAUACUCUCCCAGAUAUUUUCUUUUGUCUAAACAGAAGAACAACAAUUCUUUGUAUGCCUAUUCCAACCCUGUCAUCUCUUUGGGUAGAAAUCACUGGCCUUGAGGAAUCAUUGCUGUGUCCUCAGGUAGUGGUGGCAGAAGACGGUUCACACUGAUUACAACAGCAUUCUCCAACAAUUUUUAUUAAAAGAUUUCAAAGGCCAAACUACUUUGUUUUCUCCAAUUAUACAUUCAACAUAAACAUAAAAUUAUCUUGUUACAUUCCCAUUAGAUAAUAAACUAAACAUAUCCAUUUUCUUUUUCACAUUUAAGUACUAUAUUAGUAAAUAAGGCACACUCUAAAACAGAUACCCAGCCUCAUUUUAAACACUUUUCAAGUAAUGUAGGAUGUGGUAACUUUUCAUGAAAGUAAAAUUCAUAUAUGCUGGGAUAUCUAAGAUACACUAUUCAUAUUAAACAUACUUCUAUAAAUCUUUAAAAUGUUUAUAAACAGACUAAAACAUUUCAGUAAGCAAAAUCUUUAAAACAUUAAGUUCUUAAUUGAAUUAAACUCAGCAGAAUUUGUUGUGUAUGGAAACAAACUUUAACCACACACAUGUCAGUUAAUAUUGUCCUCGGGUGUAUCCGCAUCCUCUGCGGGCUCCUGGUCCUCCUGUUUUCGGUGCUUGACAAUCGCAUGCCAGAUCCUACAGAGCACACCACCCCUGUGAAACAAAUAACAUUUGUAAGAAAAAUAAAUUUCAAACCAAAAAUCCCAAA